ACAUCCGGAAGCUCCGCGCUGUGUGUUUUGUCCGUGUGUUUUUUUACUCUAGUAUAAGUUGUUUUAAACUGUAUAUGUUGAAUUUAAGACACAGAUAAAAAACAUACUAUAUUAAUGACUCGUGUUUGUUUUACAGGUUACGACGUGAACUCUGCAUUUCAGGAAAGAAAGAAAGAAAGAAAACAUGGACUCUGAGUAUAUAAAGAAACACCUUGGAGAAUGUCUGGCAGAAGGACUGGCUCAAGUGUCCGAGCAGCGACCUGCGAAGCCCAUCUUAUAUUUGGCUCACUGGCUCUACAAGUACAACUCCAACGUUCAACAUCAGGCGGAGAAAAAGGCCCAUCUCCUGGAGAAGGAGCAGGCGAAAGCCAGAGAACAGGCUCUGCACAAGGAGAAGCUGAGCGGGGAGGAGCCAAAGAUCAGUGAGGCCUUGGAGAAGUCAAAAAAAGAGCAUACAGGGGUUGAUGUUCUGGAGCCAGCGACAGAAGCUGUUAAUGACAUCACGCCUGUGACAGAGGAGAAACCAAACACACCUCAUCCUGAAAACCAGCAGGGCACAGAUGAACUCCAAAGUCAAGCUCAGGAAAAAAACACAGAACAGGUCACAAAUGAUGUAAGCAGGUCAGGAUCACCUGAGGGAAAACCAGCAGAGGAGGCUAGCAAUACUUUCUCCGAGACCAUCAGCAGUGAGUCUGAGGAAGUGGGUGUUGGAAAAAAUCAAGAGAAGUCAAGGAGCGAUCACGCUGAGGAGAAAAGUGAGGAGGAGCCAAGCGACAUAAGUCAAGAAGAGAAGAAUGACCAAGAUGAGGUUAAGGUGGUUGAUCAAGCUGAACCUGCCGAGGCUGACGCCACAGGCAAAGAAGAGGCUGGUGAUUUAAAAACAGACAUCACAGAGGAACCUGACAACAAACAAAACAACGAAUCUCAAGACUCAGAGAAGGUGGUUGGUCAAGCCGCAACUGAUGAACCUGAGCACCCUGACCCACACGCUGCACUUAACAGCCAAGACGCUGAUGAUUUAAAAACAGACAUCUCAGAAGAACCAGGCGACAAACAAAGAAAUGAAUCUCAAGACGCAGAGAAGGUCAAUGAAGACAAAGAUGAUAAACCCGCAGAUUCUAUACUGGUAGAGUCGACCACAGACCCGAGAAAUGAAGAUCUCAAAGGAGAGGAAACAUCUUCUCCUGAAGAACAAACAACAGAAACGGCACUGGAGACACAGAACUCAAGUUCUCAUGCUCCUCAGGAAAAGGCAGAAGCAGACGGGCAACACACAGAUGAGUCCAUGAGUGAUGCAACAGCAGAGGGGGCGAUAAUAAUGACUGAAAGACCAUUGACUUCGCAUGGGGAACAGGAAAGGCCUUCUGACAAAGAUGACUCCAUUGAGGAGGUUGACACUUUAAUGAAGCCGGAGGAAUUAAAAGAAGCUGAAGACUGAUCCAUCUUCAAUUACACAGUUUAUACUAGGUUGAAAUAAAUACAUUUGAAUUCAAACCAAUGUGUCCCGGAGAGCCCGGAGAACCCACAGAACCAGACAUGGGAGAACACAGGGCGUCCCUCAGUUGAACAGAGAUUUGAAUCCCUGACCGUCUUGUCGUGAGGCAACAAUGCUAGCCACUGUGCAGCUGUGUGAUAGGAAUGAAAUGAAUAUAAAAUGUUAUCUCUGACUAAUAAAAUGCAGUUCAUGUCAGUAAUCUAA